AUGAGUUGUGAUAUUUGUAAGAAAGCUUUUAAUAUAUUAUGGAGAAGAGAUACCAAAUGUAAACGUUGCAAUAGAAUUAUUUGCACUGAUUGCUCUAAAUUACAAUAGGUUAGAGAUGUAUUCAGAAAUAUUUGUAAAGUUUGUAUGCAAGGUAUAAAAACAACUAUCUACGUUCAGAUUGUGAAACCAUCAAAAAGAUUAUUUCAGAUUCCCUUUUAGCAUGGAAUCAUAAUAGUUAAAUAGCCAAAAAGUAUUGGGUCAAAGAUGUUGAAUUUAUCAAAUAAGUGUACAAAUUAAACAAAGAUGUUAAAUCAAGUAAAAUUGCUAGAGAUGUUAAAACUAUUAUGUAAACUCCAAUGAAUUACUCAAUCUAAGAAUUCUUUAAUUUGUUAAUAUUCAAUAAUAGAGAUGUAGAAUCCACUAUAACAAAUGUAGUUGAUACUUUUGUUACUCGUAAUCCUAAAGUAGGAUACAAUUAAUAUUUAAUCAAAUUGACAAUAUUUUUAUUGUGUUUUUGUAAGGAUUAUGUUUGUUUAAAAAUACUAGAAGAUCUUUAUCAUAAAAUACCUAAAUAAUAUUAUCCUGAAUACUAAACAACAUAAGAAUUUAUUAAAGAUCAUGACUAUAUGUAACAUGAUGCUAUUUAGGAUGUUAAAUUUCGAUUUAAAUUGGAAUAAGAUUAAAUAAUAGCAGCAAAGUAAUUCAUUGAAUCAGCUAUGAUGCAUUAUAAGAAUUAAUUUUUUCUCAAUCUAUCAUUUUCAUGUGCUUUUUAUAUUUUAGAUAAAAUUAUUUAAAGUACUGAUUCAACUGAAAUUGAUAAAUUUUUUAGUGUGAUUAUUUAGAUCAACAUAAAUCAACUUUAAACAAAAAAUUCAGAAUUAGUAAUAGCUAGGACAACAACAGUUGAAAGCAUAAAAUAAUAUUAAAAUUAGAUGUCUAAAAAAAGAUCGUCUUUAUAUUUAUCAGUUGAUAAAUGUUAAUAGGAUGCUCAAUUAUAAUCUCAAUAAUCCUGUCGUACAGUACAAAGGAAAAUGGAAAUUAGUGAAUUUGAGGCAGAUGAGAAUGAAAAUUUAAGUCAUUAAUCUCCAACUUUAUUAUAAUCUUAAAAAUUAGAGAUAUCAAAAUUAACUUAAGAACUUUUAUAAUUGGAAUAAUAGAUAAAUUAAUUAAAAAUAGAGAACUCAAAAUUAGAAGAAAUAAGUGUUUAAAAUACUGCAAGUCUUUUUAAAGAAUAUGAGAAUAGUUUGAGUGAUUUGAUUGAUUAGACAGAGAUAUUAUUAAAAUAAUCAAUGAUGAUGAGUGGUUGA